UUUCGCCACCCACAUGGAAGAUGGAGGACGGGCAGCUCCAUGAGUUCCUGGAUGCGGUGGGCCAGCGGUAUGCCCCAGCAAUCCCAGACGAGGUCGUCGCGUACUACCUCGAGAGCGUCGGCUUCACGACAGACGAUCCCCGCAUCAUCCGCAUGGUGGCCCUCGUUGCACAAAAGUUUGUCCUGGAUGUCGCGCACGACGCCAAGCUGUUCCAUGAGCACCGCGUGAAUGGCCAAGCCGGAAACGUGACGUCAGAUAACCUGACGUUGACGAUGGAAGAUCUCGCGGCGAGUUUGCGAGAGUACGGCGUGAAUUUGUCCAAGCCAGAGUACUUUUGCGACAGCGCGAGCACACUCCAAACGGUCGGAACACCCAGCGCAGUUCCAGGGAAAGCCAUUAAGAAGUAAGAGCAGCUUCCACAUUGGAUUAAGUCGUUACUCCUUUCAAGAUUGAC